UUCAUUAACUCACGACCAGUCGAGCCAUCGCGCGGCCCCGCGCUGCCCUCUGAAAGCGCGUGAUUUUGACGGACAUGGCAACUUCCGCAACCGGUGUGACGACACGACGCAGACUCAGGAGCCAUGGCGGACGAAGUAGAGCAGCAACCGACUACCAACACGGUGGAGGAGCCGCUGGAUCUGAUCCGACUCAGUCUGGACGAGAGGAUCUACGUCAAGAUGAGGAACGACCGGGAGCUCCGCGGUCGCCUGCAUGCUUAUGAUCAGCACCUCAACAUGAUUCUGGGCGACGUCGAGGAGACGGUGACCACGGUGGAGAUCGACGAGGAGACCUACGAAGAGCUGUACAAGUCCACCAAGAGAAACAUCCCCAUGCUGUUUGUCCGGGGGGACGGCGUCGUCCUGGUAGCACCGCCCCUCAGGGUGGGCUAAUCCUCAACCACUUCCCGGUGCGAGGAAGUGUUUUGUUGCAGCUGUGAGGUUUUUUAGCCUUGGGGGGGCGGGGUGGUACUCUCCAACACCGCCAGCCUCCUUCAGUUUAAUCUUCGGUCAGCACCGUCCUCCUUGGUCAUCAUUCACAAGCACCAAAACAAGUCUAAAAAAAACAAGCAAAGAGAACCCUUAUUUCAGUUUUUAUUUGGGUCAUAGAUUCCAUCUCUCAGUGCCCAUCACUGAGAUGAGCUUUAUUCUGAAGGAUUCACUUUAAGAAGAAAUCGCUCUAGAUGUGUUGGUGAACUCUCUUUGGGCCCAGAUGUGUCGAGUAUUGAGAGCUUUUUUUAUUUUUAAGUCUUUUUUUAUUUGUUUCUAGCGGAAUGUUUGCAGUUUCUUCAAACUCACGAUCUGUGUAAACUUGAGACGUUUAAGUUCCUCCGGAAUGCUUUUAGUUGAACUUUUUUUUUAUAUAUAUAUUUUUUGUAGUGUUUUGUGAGACUGUGCAUCAUGUGAACAUUUUCAACAUUGGCUUUUGGUAAAUUGAAUAAAAAAAGGUUGUUUGAAAAGAAAA